AUGAACAAUCGUCAGAAACGUGGUCCUUAUAAAAGAUAUUUAGAGCCGCGAAGUGUAGUCCCAAUUCCGAAAAGGACCAAAAACUAUCGAAAAGCUAAGCUGAAAUCUUUAGAACUUGAAAAACAGAAUUGUAAUCCUCAAAACGAACAAGAGGUUGGUCGAGUCGUACUUGAAAGUUAUGAAGAUGAAACUGAGAAUAACCCAGAAUCAACGUUUCUUUCAGACAACUGUCAUAACGAUAAUACACCAGAAAAUGAUCAACUGUCGACUAGGAGUCCACCAGUUGAUUCGGCACUACCUAACGUAACCGCUGACAUUCACAACUCGGAAGAUGAAAAUGAUGAUCUUGAUGAAGAAGAUCCUUAUAAUUAUUGCGAUAGCAGUGAUACACAAUCAGAAGAUUUAAAUGCAAUUGAUGAUGACAAUCAUGCUAGCAAUAGCGAAGAAGUACGCGUCAACAACAACGGUAUAGAAGGGACAGAUGAGAAUCCACGUAACUUUCAGGACCAAGAUAAUAAUGAUCAUCCGAUUCAUGUUCCUGAUUUAGAUAAAAACGAGAUUCAUUAUCCAAAAUCGGUGUUAGUACGAUCUUUAUUGCUUUGA